AAUGGAUAUCAUCUAUAAUUACAUAAAACUUGAUGAAGAUAUCGCUCAUUCUCGUGAUGCAUAUCAGCGUACAACACAUUUCAAUGAUUUAGCCAUAAAUGCUGUAGAAGGUGGGGCAAAUGUUGGAUAUGCAAGAGACAGAGAUUUUAAUUAUGGAUGGUGGACUGUUGAUCUUAAUGGAUAUUAUAGAAUUACAGAAAUGUGUUUCUAUAAUAGAGAAUAUCAAGAUAGUCUAAGAAAUUUUCUUGUUUAUACCGAAAAUCAAUUGCAUGAUAAUAAUGAAUUGUGUAUUAAUUAUUCAAAGAUUGUGACAGGAAAAUCUUUGUAUAAUGAUGAAAAUUUUCAUUGUGAACUAUGUAAUUGUACUGGAAAUUUUGUAUUUUUGCAACAAGCAUAUUUUGGAGUAUUUUUGAUUAUAGAAGAAGUGAGAAUAAGAGGAAAUUUAAUUAGAGAUUCGGAAUUAUUCAUUUCAAAUGUAUCAAAUCCUAAUGUUAAGUUGCUUACUGAUAGGCUAUAUACAACCUUUAUUAAUUCUGGGAAAUAUAUUGGAACCCAACCAUUUAUUAGAAUUGAUCUAUUGAAAUAUUAUGAGAUAAGGACAAUUUUAAUUGAUAGAACUGAUGAGAAUAUUCCUACAAGGCAAUACUUUGCUAUAUUUUCUCUUUAUGUUCCAACAACAUAUGUUGGUUCUAAAUCAAAAUAUUUACUUGGAAGAUAUGUUCUUAUAAAAUCUGAACUUGAAAAUGGAAAUUUGGAAAAUUAUCUUCCAAUAGCUAAUAUUUUUCUGUAUCGUAAAAGAGAAGAUAUAAAUCUUUCAACAAAUUAUUUUGUAGCUGCUAAUAAAUUUAUAGAGGAUUGCCAACAAUUAAAUUCACCUAGAAUAAUUGUUUCCAGUUUAUAUAUUAAUAAUACAAUGGAAAUUGGUGUGAUAGUUGGUAAGAAAUUGAAAGGAAAUGAUGUUGUAGUAGUUGCUGAACAUGAAAAGUCUAAUGAACAAUGUUUUGAAAAUGGUUAUAUGAUGACCCUUGAUGAUAAAAUACUUUAUAGAUAUAGAUGUCUAAAGAACAUUAUUUCUCUACAAAUUUUGAAAAUUGACCCAAAUAUCAAAAUUGAAGGAUUGUAUAAAUUUGCAACUAUUUCCUAUUAA